AUGAACUGGACCACGCGCGUCGCGCUGCUGGCGGCGCUGGCGGUGGUGACGGCCGGCCUGGCCGCCGCGCAGAGCGGCUCGGGCUCGUCCGUCUCGUGCCUCGUGUCGCAGUACCUGGACACGACCACGCACGAGUGCGUGGACUACGAGAACCAGGGCGUGAAGGCCGGCACGGACUUCGACGCCACCAUCGACUCGGGCAACACGGCGUGGAUGCUGGCGGCCAGCGCGCUCGUGAUGAUCAUGACGCCGGGCGUGGCCUUCUUCUACGCGGGUCUCGCGGGCGAGGACAUGGCGUCCAACACGAUGAUGAUGUCGUUCGUGAGCAUGGCGCUCGUGUCGAUCCAGUUCUGGGCCUUCGGGUACUCGGCCGCCUUCGGCUCGCACGGAGUCUUCGGCUGGGCCGGGUACAACAACGUGCGCGAGGUGCCCAGUGGCACGUACGGCACUCAGAUCCCGCACAUCCUGUUCGCCUUCUUCCAGACGCAGUUCGCCACCAUCACGCCCGCGCUGCUGAGCGGCGGCAUCGUGGGCCGCAUGAAGUUCGGCAGCUACUUGCUCUUCAUCCUGCUCUGGACGUCCAUCGUCUACGACCCGCUGGCCCACUGGAUGUGGUCCUUCAAGCUCGACGACUCGUGGGAGAUCACGGCUCUGGGCUGGGAGGGCAAGAUGGGCUCGCUCGACUUCGCCGGCGGCACCGUUAUCCACAUCUCCAGCGGCUUUGGAGCGCUCGCGGCUGCUCUCAUGGUGGGCAAGAGGUACAACCACGGAGACCCCGUCAAGCCGCACAACGUGCCGCUGGUCAUGAUCGGCGCCACGCUGCUGUGGUUCGGCUGGUUCGGCUUCAACGCCGGCUCGGAAGGUGCGGCCGAUGGCAUCGCUGCUACGGCCGCUAUCAACACGCACUUGGCCCCCAGCGCGGGCUUCUUGACGUGGGUGGGACUCGAGUUCGCCAUGUACAAGAAGUUCGACCCGUGCGGUGCUGCUAGUGGUGCUGUGGCCGGACUGGUGGCCAUCACGCCUGGCUGUGGUUACGUGUACCCGUGGGCCUCGGUCAUUUUCGGCGUCAUUGGCGCUGCGACGGGCUUCGCUGCUGUCCACGUGAAGAACUACCUGCGCUACGAUGACACGCUGGACUCGUUCGCCAUCCACGGCUGCGUGGGCGUUAUGGGCGGCCUGCUAACCGGCCUCUUUGCCACGUCCGACGUGAACCCCAACAUCGAAGGCGGCGCCUUCUACGGCAACGGCAUCCAGUUCGUGCACCAGUUGGUCUCUCAGUGCGUGGCUGCGGCCUACUCGUUCGUGGUGACGAUCAUCAUCCUGUACGUGCUCAAGCUCACCAUCGGCCUCCGCGUGGACGAGGAGAAGGAGGUCAACGGCAUUGACGUGUCGUACCACGGCGGCCUCGCCUACGACUACAGCGCGCAGGACCACAACGGCCCGACCGUUAAGGCGGCGAACCCGCCUGCUGGUGACUUUGCCGCCAUGAUGACGCCCAGCAUCACGCAGGAGAGCGUCCAGAAGGAGCCCAUUAUGAAUGUUUAA